CAGUGGUUUCAGAUUUGACUGGUGUAAAAUAAUUUGCCUAAAUUCGUAUUUACUAAUCUAACCAUACAAUUUUCAUUAUUCCUGGAAGUCGUGCCUGGAAUCAUCAAAUAAUUGAUAAGAAACAUAAAUUAAAAUGUCUGCAUUUGAAGAAUUCGGCGUUUUGCCUGAAAUCGGCCAAGCUAUCAAUGAUUUAGACUGGACUUUGCCAACUGAUAUUCAAGCUGAGAGCAUCCCUCUAAUCUUGGGUGGUGGUGAUGUUUUGAUGGCUGCUGAAACUGGAAGUGGGAAAACUGCAGCCUUUUGCUUACCAAUUAUACAAAUAGUCUGGGAAACAAUUAAGGAUAUUCAAGCAGGAAAAGCUGCUAAAACUAUUACUAGUUCAGGCCCAAUAUGGAGAAUGUCAGUUGAAGACAGAGGCAAUGCAAUUGCUAUCUCUCCAAAUGGCCUCCGCGUACAAUCCCGCGAGCAACGUGAUUGGCAUGGCACAAGAUGCACAAGUGGUGUGCAAAGUGGCAAGUGGGCAUUUGAAGCUAUUGUUACCGAUGAAGGACUGUGCCGUGUCGGCUGGUCCACGUUAGCAGGGAAUUUAGAUUUGGGUACUUGCCGGUUUGGCUUUGGUUUUGGAGGAACCGGUAAAAAGUCGAAUAACAGACAAUUUGAUGAUUAUGGUGAAGCAUUUGGAAAGAAUGAUGUUAUAACAUGUCUACUAGAUUUGGAUCGCGGCGAAGUAUCAUUCAUGAAGAACGGUAAAGACUUUGGUAAAGCGUUUGUUAUGAAUAAACAAGUUACCAACUGCUCCUACUUUCCUGCUGUGGUUUUAAAGAAUGCGGAAAUGGAAUUUAAUUUUGGUGAUAAACCAUUAAAAUAUCAACUUCCUAAUGGAUACAAAGCAAUCAGUGAUGCGCCAAAGAACGUACAAGUUCAAAAUACUAAUGGCAAAGCGGCUGUUGCUAUUAAACUAGCAAAUAAUGCUCCUCAAGCUAUUAUUAUAGAGCCGUCUAGAGAACUAGCCGAACAAACUUGCACACAAAUUAAAAACUUUAAAAAGUACAUAAACAAUCCAAAAAUUCGCGAGUUGCUACUUAUUGGAGGUGUGAACGUAAAAGAGCAAAUCAACAUUUUAGAACAUGAUGGAGUUGAUAUUAUUGUGGCAACGCCCGGCCGACUUGAAGAUUUAAUCCAGGCAGGGCAUUUGUCACUCACGAACUGUAGAUUUUUUGUCUUAGACGAAGCUGACGGUUUGUUGAAGCAAGGAUAUAAUGCAUUCAUUGAACGUCUGCAUCGUCAAAUGCCAAAAGUGACUGCGGAUGGACGUAGAUUACAAAUGAUUGUCUGUUCUGCAACACUACACGCCAUGGAAGUCAAAAAAAUGGCGAAUAAGUUAAUGUACUUCCCAACGUGGAUUGAUCUCAAAGGAGAGGACUCUGUGCCAGAAACGGUUCAUCAUGUGGUGGUGAAUGUGGAUCCUCAAGCGGAUCGUAGUUGGCAGGAAUUGAACCGUCAUAUAAUUACUGAUGCAGUCCACAGGAAUGACAAUGUUAGGCCUGGUUGCACUACACCGGAGGCUUGGAGCGAGGCAGUCAAAAUUCUAAAAGGGGAAUAUUGCGUGCGUGCCAUUAAUGAGCAUAAUAUGGAUAAAGCACUGAUUUUCUGUCGAACCAAAACCGAUUGUGAUAAUUUGGAAAAGUACUUUAAUCAAUUAGAUAAGACGCGAUAUUCUUGUGUGUGCCUGCAUGGUGAUAGAGCACCAGCAGAGCGUAAGAAUAAUUUAGACUGUUUUAAAGCCGGGAAAGUUAAGUUCUUGAUCUGUACUGAUGUUGCUGCUCGUGGCUUGGAUAUUACUGGACUUCCUUUUACAAUUAAUGUUACUUUGCCUGAUGAAAAAUCCAACUAUGUUCACCGCAUUGGUCGUGUUGGACGUGCUGAACGUAUGGGUUUAGCUAUAAGUUUGGUAAGCACUGUGCCAGAAAAAGUUUGGUAUCACGGUGAAUGGUGUAAGAGUCGCGGUAAAAACUGCUCCAAUACCAAUUUGACAGACCAAAAAGGUUGUUGUAUUUGGUACAAUGAGAGACAAUACUUGGCUGACAUUGAAGAGCACUUAGGUGUGACAAUUCAACAAGUCGAUAAGGACAUUAAAGUGCCGAUGAAUGAGUUUGAUGGUAAAGUAAUUUACGGUCAGAAACGCAAGGCAACCGGCAGCGGUUUCGAGAGUCAUUCACUUCAAAUGGCGCCGGCUGUCGCACAAUUAGCGAUGUUGGAGCGUGAGGCGCAGUUGAUUUAUUUAAAGAGACAUAUUCAAGGUAUGUAAUAGUCAAUAUAUUUUGCUUGGAAAGUAUCGUAUAUUUUAUAAUUUUUAUUUCAACCUUAAAUCUAAUCAACAGUGUAUUUUUUAUCUUCAAGAACAUGAUUUAAGUCUUUUGUUUUAUUUUUAAUAAUCGGAAUUCUACUAUGAUGAGUGUUCUAUCAAUAAAAACAUGUUUUUAUCCAU